AUGGGCAUCAACAAACUUCCUGCGGCGUCCGCCAUGGUCGGAUGCUCUCUCGGAGCUGCCAUCAACGAAACUACCCGCACGCUUGAGCUCGCCCCUGAGUAUUUCAAUGGCACGGUCUCUGUCGAACACCUUUCCGUGGCCGGCAAUCUUGACGGCUUCAAGAUGUUGACCCCGGCUGCCCGGGCGUCCACCAACUUUUGGUACCUCGACGUCUUCUCCAAGGCCACUAAGGCCACUAAUCAGACGCUCAACAUUGUUUUCUUCAACACUGGAGAAUUCAAACUAUACCCCCAUCCUCUCGCCCUUCAGGUUUUUGGUACGUAUGCCAACGGUACGGAUUUCUACUAUGAGGCUCUGGCCGACUCCGGCUUCACUAUCACCAACGGACCCAAGGGCAUCACCGGUGAUUGGAAAGGAGUUGGAACCUUCGAUGGUUCCGCCUUGGAUAAGCCUGAUGUCGAAUACCACAUCAGCAUUGACUCCUCCGUGAUGGACAUCAACGGCAACAUUACUUUCAAAUCAACCGCACCCACUCACUACCCAUGCGACCUGAACGGCGCUAUUGGUGCCAACCAGAACCUCCUCCCCGGACUUUACUGGGCCAACGCAGUCCCGGACGCUGACACCACCGUCGACCUCACAAUCAAGGACACUGCCAUCAGCUUUACCGAUGGCAACUGGGGCAACCAAUCCAUCAUCGACGGACCCCGCUACUGGGACUGGGGCCACGGUCGCGUUGGUCCGUACACGGUCGUCUGGUACAACCUCCUCGACUACAAUGGCAACGAGAGCCGCCGCUCUUACGUUGUUAAGGAUGACGAGGUGCUCAUGCCCCCUGUCACUGGUCUGCUCGAGACUGAGGGCAUCACAGUCAACUACACACUGCCCACCGGCGAGAUUUUGGCGCUGGAAAUCACCCCUGAGCUGAUUUUCAAGGACGAGGAUGGCAUCUACCAGCGUGCAAAUGGUAAUAUGAAGGGUGGCAUCGUUGGUCAAGAGACCUUCGAGGGCUAG